AUGUCUAUGCGGGAGGAUGUAGAGCUGGAGGCGAAUAUGGGAGAGCGGUUUGUGGUGGGGUGGGUCGAGGUUGACGUACCCGUUGUCGCAGAGGAGAGCGUGGGGGUGAGGUUCGGAGAGACAACCAAGGAAAGGGAUAGAGAGAGAGAGGAGAGACAGAGGAGGGCGAUACCAAAUCCAGCCAUGGGCACGAUGGGAAGCGGAAUACCCAUGGGCUCAAGGGGCGAACGUCUCUCAUUCGGUUCGGACAACACGAGCCGUACGGCAACUCCUUCUCAUCGAGCCGCCACUCCCACCCAAGCCAACAUCAAGACUCGAGGACGCUCUGUCGCACCACAGAUCAGGCUACGGGGCAUGUCGAACCACCGCACUUCUGCAUCGCCCCAUUCGACAGAGAAGAGGAAAUUAAAGCCUGGGGCUGGGGAAGGAAAGAUGGAGACGAAGAAGGAGAUGCAAUUGGUUGCCAUCACGUUCUCGGGAGAUUGGUAUAGGCUGAGGAUACCUGAUCCCGCUCCUUCCCUGUCUGGACCUGGCAGCGGCGGUGGUAGAGGGGAUCAAGAGAAGGCGAGGGAAGAGGAGAAGGAGAAGAAGGAAAGUCGGAAGUGUGAGCUUAUAGAGUACAGGAGAUUAGGUGUUGGGGGUGGGGGUUGGUGA